AGUCCGGAAACACAACAGUCUGUUGUCAGUUAGGAUUUUUAAAGCGCUGCGGCGCGCGUUGCUAAGAAACGGACUGUGGAGCAUUACUGAACGAUUAAUUCGGUGGAUGUCGAUCGAUUAUCGGUGAAUGAUCUUGUUUGUCGGUGAAUAGUGAUGUCUGGGAGCGGAGAGCAGAGUUUAUCCCCGGAUGAGCUGCGACAGAAGCUCUAUCAGACCUUCAGGAGCCGCGGGCUUCUGGACGCGCUGAAGACGCAGCUGAGGAACCAGCUGAUCCAGGAGCUGCAGCCAGCGGCGCUGCGGAGAGGAGACGCUCACUCAGUGUUAGUCACUGCAUGCAACAGCGUGAUCGUUCAUCACCUGCGGAGCGUCGGCUGUGACUACACGCUCUCGGUCUUCCUCCCUGAGUGUGGAAUGAGCAAAGACAAGGUGUUGUCAGCCAGAGAGCUUCUGCAGCUCAUGAAGAUCAGCCCUCACACACCGCUGUACAGAUCUCUGGCAUCGGGUGUUCAGAAGGGACAGACAGGUUUCCUGAUGAGUCUCUUCACAGAGCUCACUGAACAUCACGUUUACAGAGACUGCUGCGAUGCUUCAACCCAAUCCACCUCUGUGUCAGCUCAUAAAGAAUCACUCGUUGAGAAGCUGCAGCUGAUUGACGAGGAGUAUGAAGUGCUUCGACACAGAGGAGACCGCUGGGGGUCAGUCGAGGUCAAGCUGGCGGAGUACAGGAAGGAGAUCCAGGAGCAAGCACAGCUGGAGCUCAAAGCUAAGCUGCAGCACUUCAUGGAGGUGGAGAUCACGAAGGUGAAGAGAGACGAGAAGGAGGCUUCACGGAGAGAAAUCCUGGAGCUGCGGCGAGACCUGGAGAGAACGUUUGACCUGAAGUCUGAGGCUCUGAUGAGCCGAGAGAAGAACGCCAUCGAGAGGUUACAGAAAUCACAGGAGAUCGAGGAAAAGGAGAUGUAUGCUCAAAGACAAGCCCUGCUGAAAGAGAUCGAGUCUGUGCGGAGCCGAGAGAUUGAGAUGAAACAGAGGACGGAGGCCUUCGACAAAAGCUGUAAGCUGCAUGAGGAGAAGGUGAAGGCCAUGGAUGAUCUUCUGAGGAGGAGAGAGCUGUCUGUGAAGACCUUGGAAGACACGUUUGAGCAGAAACUGAAGAGCGAGUUAGAGAAAUAUCAGCUCGAGCUGAAGGAGGAUUACAUGAAGAGAACCGAGAAACUGACAGAAAAUGAGCAAAGGAUUAAAGAAGAAGCGGUUCGUCUGCAGAAGGAAUCUGCUCUUAUUGAUACGAAAGCAGAAGAGCAUGAGAGAAGUGUAUCAGAAGUUAAACGUCUGCUGAUGGAGCUGGAGUCGUCCCGAGCGCUGGCGUCUCUUCUGACCCAACAGAACGAGCUGCUGAGCGAGAGACUGGAGAACAUGAGUGACUAUCCAGCGCUGAAGAGAGACGCUCAGGAGCUGCAGAUGAACAUCCGACUGCUGAAGGGACAGCUGGAGGACAAGCAGCAGGAGAACCAGAGACUCAGACAAGAGCUCAGCGCGCCGUCUAAGGAGCAGCUGGCGCUGCAGGCCGAGCUCAAGAGACGGGAGACGGCACGCAAACUGGACCAGGAAGACUUUGAGACGCAGAAAAACAUCUUACACACACAGCUGCAGCACGAGGUGCAGCAGUGUGUGCUGUUGAAGGCUCAGCUGAUGGAGUGUGAGGAGCGGAUGAAGUGGAUGAACACACACACUGAAGAGCUCCAGCUCCAGCUCCAGCAGACACAACAAGCUCUAGAGAACGAGAUCCUCCGCAAUCCCAAGCCUUCCCUGGUAGAUCGUUCUGUUCUCAGUUUGAUUCCUGACAGGCUGCUUCCUCCUGACUUUUACAUAGACACAGCUCUGCUCAGAAACCCCAGAGCUGCUUCUGACACUAAUUUAUCUGAAGCAGGGCCGGCCCUCAGGGGCCCGUGGCCUGCGAAGCGUGACUCUGAGCUGGUAAGCAGCGCUCUGGCCCGGAUACGAGAGCUGGAGCAGGAGGCCGAGCGUCUGGAGGAGGCUUACAGGAGCCACCAGCACAGAGCCACUCGAGCGUCUGCUGAAGAUCUCACACCUCCCAGAGUGACCUAUAGAGCACAGCCCAGGGUGAGCUUCACCUCUGCAGGAUGUCCUGUUGAGCAGGAAUUCACCAGAACCCCUUCUCCGAGAGAGAGAAACCCGCUGAGACUCAUCUCUCCUCCAGCCAGACGUCUCUCCUCCACACCGCUGAGCAACCGCGGAGCAGAUACGGAUCAUGACACUCACGCUUUCACGCAAGACUCUGACAGAGCGGCGCUGGUAUUCCCAGAGAGACAGAUCUCACCGAUCCCUGCAGGAGAAAGCCUCUGCUCCAUCAGUCCUCCCAGCAGCCCCAGGAUGAAGAGCACCACUCGCCACAGCCGCAGUCCACCCAAGCUGCAGGAAGUCAUCUCCAGUUCCUCCGAAGCGUCGUCCCCUCAGCCGGAGAAGAUCACGCUUCACGAUCUGACCGACCCUGUGCCACUGCUGUCUGUGGAUCAGGAGAAACUCCAGGAGUCACACACAGAUGAACAUGACGCAGCUGAGGAGGAGGAGAGGAAGAGGAGAGAGGAGAUGAGGGAGAGGGAGAGAGAGGAGCGAGAGCACGAGACCAUUAAAAUACAAGAUCAACAUGAGGAACAAGCUGGAGACAACAGAGAGGGUACAGAGGGUCAUGUGACAGUAACCAGCGCAGCGAUUGGAGGAGGAGCGGAGGAGGCGGGACCAGGAGCAGCUGAUGUGGCCAAUCCUCUUCACAAAUACAUGAUGAUGCUCAUGCAGGACAAACAGAAGCAGCAGAGCUCAGCUCAGGAGGUGUCAGAGAAGCACAGUCAGGAGGAGUUUGAGUCUGAGAACGAGGAGCGCAGUGUUGAGCUGAUAUCACACCAGGAGCCAGAUGACGACUUCUGGUGAACAACAACAAGUCUCCGCAUCUUCACACUUUAUACAGAAAUCUUGAAAUACUAGCUGGAAAAUAAUUUGUGUGAAUGAGUGUUUUUAUCAACUUUAAUGCUUACUUGAAUAAAUUUUGUAUCUUUUGUUAA